ACUUUUUUUAUUUAUUAUUUUGUAAAGGAGGAAUUCUUGACUUUUUCAGCCUUUCUGUGGAAAAUGAACUAUCUGGCAACUGCAGCACUCUACUGCUGACUGUGUUCAUAACAAUUGAACAAUUACUGCAUAACUAUUGAAGCUGCCAAGGAGGCCCGACGUAUCUGUGGCAUUAAUUGUCUUCCUUUUCUGUGAAAAACCUUAUCUUGUGAUUCAGGAAGUUUGUCGCUCCACGUAAUUGAAAUCAUGGGGGACGUAUUCAACGAACUGCAAGAAAAGAUGCUGAGGGCAGAGGAAGAGUGCUCUGCAGCCAAAAGGGACGCAGAACAGGUUGCCGGAGAAUUACGGAUGGCCCUAGAAGCCCUCCAGAAACAGCAGGGUGAAAAGGAAGAGCUUGCUUGCAUGCAGAAAGUUGCAGCUAGACACAAGGAGAAGUUCCUCGAGGCAGGCGGCAGGAUGUCAGGUUACCUGGAGCAUCUUCUGGACAUGAAAGCAUAUCUCGAAAACCAGAGUUCCAUGUCUGAGGAAUUUGCCAGGGACCUGGAGGACCUACGCAAGAAAUUGACCUCUCAGCUGAAGGACAGAGAAAAUGAGUAUGUAGUUGCACAGGGUCAGACUUCUUUAGACAUUGAGAUAGAGCAACUGAAGGCUGAGGUCGCCGAUUUGAGGGAGAAACGAGACAUGCUCCUGAAACGAGCCGACAGGGCAAAGCAACUUGAAGGAGAGAUUGAACAUCUUAAGAAAGAGAGGAAUGCAUUGCGGGAAAAGUUCAGAGAGGAAUACACGCCUGAGAAAAUCCGAGCAAGACAAGACCACAAAAAUAAGGAGAUGAUCGCCAACAAGAAGAAGAAUGAAGACCACCUUCGUCGUCUGAACAACAAGAUUAGCAGGGCCCUGGGAGAGGUCCACAGGACCAACGAUAACAUUUCUGCUUUGGAGAGAGAACUGGCCAAGGUCCAGUAUCUGUGCCAUAAGGAGCACAGCGUCCAUUCAUCAAGGCGAUGAAAUAAGAAACACACAAAUUAUAUAUAUACAUAUAUAUAUAUAU